UUUUUUAGUCAGAGGGAACUACAGACAGAGGUGACUGCACAGGGGUGGGACAGGCAAACUUUCGACAGGACGUCACCUAGUUUGUGGCGAAUAUUUGAAAUAGGCAGCAUCGUUUUUUUCUCUCUUCGAAUUAAGACCGUUGUAUAACGACCAUCAUGUUCAGCUGGUCCAAGAAAGAAGGGAAGAAAGACCCAGAACUUCUCCAAAACGUGUCGGAGGGACUGAAACGCCUUUACCGCACUAAACUCUUCCCUUUGGAGGACACUUACCAUUUCCACGACUUCCAUUCACCGGCUUUAGAGGAUGCUGACUUUGACAACAAGCCCAUGGUGCUACUGGUGGGACAGUACUCUACUGGGAAGACCACCUUUAUCCGACAUUUAAUGGAGCAGGACUUUCCCGGUAUGAGAAUAGGCCCCGAGCCGACGACGGAUUCCUUCAUAGCGGUGAUGCACGGCGAUCAGGAGGGCGUGAUACCCGGUAAUGCUCUGGUUGUUGACCCGAAGAAACCUUUCAGAAAGCUCAACGCUUUUGGGAACGCUUUCCUUAACAGGUUUAUGUGUGCUCAGUUAAACAACCCCGUCCUGGAGAGCAUCAGUAUCAUCGAUACUCCAGGCAUCCUGUCAGGGGAGAAACAGAGGAUCAGCAGAGGCUAUGACUUUGCUGCAGUUCUUGAGUGGUUUGCGGAACGAGUGGACAGAAUCAUCCUGCUCUUCGAUGCCCACAAGCUGGACAUUUCCGAUGAGUUUUCAGAGGUGAUCAGGGCCCUGAAGAACCAUGAGGACAAGAUGCGUGUGGUUCUGAACAAAGCUGACCAGAUCAGCACCCAGCAGCUAAUGAGGGUGUAUGGUGCCCUCAUGUGGUCACUGGGGAAAAUCAUAAACACCCCAGAGGUGGCGAGGGUGUAUAUCGGCUCAUUUUGGGCACAGCCACUACUGAUUGCAGACAACAGGAAGUUGUUUGAGGCAGAAGAGCAGGACCUCUUCCGUGACAUUCAAAGUCUUCCACGGAACGCAGUUCUGAGGAAGCUGAAUGAUCUGAUUAAAAGAGCACGUCUCGCUAAGGUACAUGCUUAUAUCAUCAGUGCUCUGAAGAAGGAGAUGCCAAGUGUGUUUGGGAAGGACUCGAAGAAGAAAGAGCUUAUCAACAACCUGGGCGCCAUAUAUGAAAAGAUUCAGAAAGAACACAACAUCUCACCUGGAGACUUUCCUAACCUAAAGAAAAUGCAGGAGUUACUAGCUGCUCAGGACUUCACAAAGUUUCCUGUCAUAAAGCCAAAAUUGCUGGAGUCAGUGGAAGACAUGCUGGGCAACGAUAUAGCUAAGCUCAUGACACAGGUGAGGAAGGAGGAGGCCGACAUGCCCAACCAGACAGUGAAGGGUGGUGCUUUCGAGGGAACCAUGAAUGGGCCGUUUGGUCAUGGAUAUGGGGAAGGUGCAGGCGAGGGCAUCGACGAGCUGGAAUGGAUUGUGGGGCGUGAUAAACCAUCCUAUGAUGAAAUCUUCUACACCCUUUCUCCCAUCAAUGGAAAGAUAUCAGGUGCCACAGCCAAGAAGGAGUUUGUAAAGUCCAAGCUGCCAAACACAGUGCUUGGAAAGAUCUGGAGCCUGGCAGAUGUGGACAAAGAUGGCUACCUGGACGAUGAAGAGUUUGCACUUGCCAAUCACCUGAUCAAGGUGAAGCUGGAGGGGCACGAGCUUCCAGCCAAACUGCCCACUCACCUUAUUCCACCUUCCAAACGGCAAGAGCAGCUUUGAGGACCUGGCUUGAGUUUAUUGAAUCACUAACGGUGGCUCCAAUGUGCCCAAGCCAUAUUUGAACAAUUCUAACUCAUUUUGACCAUUAAGUUGACCAGCUAGUCAUCAGGAACUUGAUUUCUGUCUUUAGUUUGAAUAAAAAGAAUUUGCAUUCAGGGAAAGGAAUUGAAAGUGCGACGGUAUGAAUCAAGGGACUGCAAGAACAAACCAAAAAGUUAUGUGCCAGUCAGAGACUUCCUUUUUUUUUUUUUUUUUUUUAAAUAUGGUUUGGAAAUGGAGAAACCACUAUGAACAGACAAAGCAAUUACAUUGAUUAUAUAAAACUUCCAUGGUACUGUUGGGUGGGCACUGAACGGGAUGUUUGUGUGAGAAAGAUUUGUGAAGGGGGAUUCUUUAAACAGUACAAUGUGAAAAAUAUUCCAUAUACAAAAUAUAACUCCAAAUGUGAUUACUAUUAUUUUUGCUAAACUUCCUUAACUUAUUCUUUUCCUUUAGAGCUAUUUUAUCUGUAUUUUGUAUUUUCAAUUUUGAAAGUAGAAUAUUGAAUGUUUUCUUUUGCUUUAAUUCAACAAAAUAUGUAGUCUGUAAUUUUGAGGGUGUAUCUGUUCUUUCUUCUGGGACCUCGUGCUUUGAAAUCUUCACCUUCACUUGAAUUCAAAAAUGACAUUGACCAAUAAAAGAGUUUAUUUGUAAGCUGUGCUUCAAA